GAAAGAGAGGGAGAGGAGAGAGGGAGAGAGAGCCCCGUGUACAGCAGCCUGCGGUUCAAGGACCCCAAAUACCGGGACCCCGAUGAUGCGGAUCUGGGGCUCGAAGACCAAGAGGACGAGGAGGUCCCUGCUGAGGAGGUGGCCGGGGACGAGCCCCCCCGGCCCGCGAACCAGGAGGACGCGCUUUCCGAGUCGGAGGGGGCUCCGGACAAAGAUGCAGAGGACAUUCCGGAGAUGAGUCGACUGUCCAUCACCCGGACAUUGCCCCGCUGCUCCAUGGCCAGAGGGAGGCGGCAGCGGCGCCGGCUCCUGGAGCUGGCAGAACCCAAGACCAACUGGCAGGUCCUGAGAGACAGGAUGAGAGGCCGCUGUAGGGGCUAUGCGUGGAUCUCCCCAUGCAAGACGAGCUUGCACUUCUGUCUCUAUUGGCCUUCUGUGUACUGGACCGAGCGGUUUCUCGAGGAUACGACCCUCACCAUCACGGUGCCCGCGGUGUCCCCUCGAGUGGAGGAACUGGCCCGGCCCAAGAGAUUCUAUCUGGAGUACUACAACAACAACAGGACCACGCCCAUCUGGCCCAUUCCCCGGUCCACCUUGGAGUGCCAGGCGUCCAGUCGGCUGAAGGAGCUGGCUGCCCCCAAGAUCCGGAGUAACAUCUGGAGCAUCCACAUGUCCGAGGUGUCCCAGGUGUCACGGGCGGCCCAGAUGGCAAUCCCCAGUUCACGGAUCCUCCGGCUGGCUAAGCCCAGGCCCCCAGCCACCCUGCAGGGACAGUGGGACCCCAUGCCGAAGUCUAAGCCACACGUGUCGGACUACAACCGCCUCCUGCACCUGGCCAUGCCCAAGGCCCAGUCGGACAAGUGUGUGCCUGACCGCGACCCUCGCUGGGAGGUGCUGGACGUCACCAAGAAGGCGGUGGCCAGCCCCCGGGUUGUCGCCCUGGCACAGCCCAAAGUGCGCAAGUGCCUCAACGAGGGCUACGACAGGCGUCCCCUCGCCUCUAUGAGCUGGCCACCCCCAAGAGCAUCACCAAGAAAGUCUGACCUACCAGCCCCGUCCCAGUAA